AUUUAUACUGUGCAGACGAAAUGGUUGUCCGGUGUCCCUCCCCCCAUCAGACAUAGUUGCGCGACUGGACGAUGGCCACUGAUUUGGAACAGACGGGGUUUCCCCAGGCAGUGCAGGACGUCGAAAGUGUCAUCCAGGACCCAUCCGUUGACAACUUUCGGAAAGAACUCAAGGAGGCUCGGCACAAAGAAAUCGUCGCAUUGACGAGUGUCUUUGGCACUGUAUCUGCGAGGUUCCCUAGUACUUUCUUUUCCCCCAUCCCUGCGUAUGCAAGGUAUUUGUGGGCGACUUGGACAAACAUCGCCUACGUCGCGUCGACCCUCGAGACCCCAUUCCUGGACUGGUUAACUUUGACGCUCACCGCACUUCUUACAUCCACCUUUCUUGGGUGGGCUCUCCUCUGGUGUCAAUUCGCCUCUCUGCCCCCCGUACAAUGGAUCUACUGGUUAUGGUCUGAAAAGUUCGGUGGAGAUCUUGGCCUCGUAAACUAUCUUACACCAAAUCUCUUCAAGACUCUACUCCCAGAACAAAUAGCUGCCGCUGAUGAUUCUCUUUCUGUCCCUUCCGAGUCGCAUGCGCCAACUGGCAGCACUGAUCCUGUCAUUCGCGAGUUCAACCUCGACAUCGCCAAACUCCUCGUUCAAAUCUCCGCGAUCGUCUACGAGCGGAAGAGCGAUGCCAUCUACGAGACAGUCGAAAAAACCGCAAAAUCGCACGGCGACAAAUCCAAAUUGAAGGUUGGCGCAAACGUUCAGCAAUUCCGGGAUGCCCUUACCUCGGCCUUUACGGACGAUACCCUCAUUCGCGAUGUCGCCAAGUUGGGGAAACUUGGAUUCAACAAGCAUCAAUGGGGUACAGAUGUUAUCGGGGACUUCUGCAAAAAGACUGGGCUUUCAUAUGUGCCAGUUAGCGAAUUGAACUCUUCAACAAGUGCCUUCUGCUCUUUCUUCUGGAAAACUGGCGGAAAUUGGAUUGUUGUUGCAUUCAAAGGCACUGGCCCCACUGACUACCCCGAUUACGUCGCCGACCUGACCACACGAAUGGUACAUGUGGACGAGUUCCUUCCUACAUUCAGUCAAGUCAUCAAAGGGUUUAAAGACCGGAUUUGGCCGAGCAAACUGCAAAGCAUCUUGGAAAUAGAAGGGAGGAAACGAUCUUGGGAACAGAUUCGUAAGAUGUUGAUAUUACUUGCUAAUGAUCUGGUCAAGCAGCAACCUGCGGGUGAGAAGAUCAACGUGUGGUUCACUGGACAUUCCCUCGGUUGUGCACUGGCUGGCCUUGCUUACACCCGCUCAAUCAGCUCUUCGGAGGACUUUGCUGGCUCUCCGAUUGUGGUCCGUGAUGCAUACGUGUUUGGUGCACCUGUUAUAGGCAACCGUCCCACGUCGCAACGGUUCAAUGUCGUCAUCUCAAAAGGAGAGGAGGUGAAGACUCUGUGGAGAGUCACAAAUCACAACGAUAUCGUCGCAACAGGUCUUCCUCAACUCGGUGAUAACCCGGACUUGGAGCUCACUACAACAAACCCUUUGGGGUUCGCUCAUAUCGGCGCAGAGAUCAAGAUGCUGGAUUACCCUACUCCCUCUCAGUUCGCUGGUACACUCUACAAUCGCAACUCUGUUGUGAGGGUUACGAGUAAAUUCAGCGCAGAAGAUUUGAAGGAACAGCGAGAACGUCAGCUUGCAGUGCACCCCGACUGGAAGCGGAGGGUUGGGUUGGGCAAUUUUGUCCAGAAGAUUCCGUUGGCUGGGAGACUCUUUGCCCAUCUAGCAGGGCUUUACUGGAAUCAGCUGGCUGUUAUGGCACCUGUUCAAUGUAUUUGGGUGAAGGGCUACUAGAAAAAAAAUGACGUCCCCGGAUGAUCGGUUGCUCCAGAGCUUUUUUUGCUGAUGAUCGCUAGAUACAUGGUUGUUUGCGUGUUUUGAAUUCCUCAUGGCCAUUUUCUGCAAUGGGAUAUGCGUUCGAUGCCGUAGCUGUACAUCUCAAUUCCCGCUACUCCGUAGCGCCCUGUCUAUUAGUGUUAUGGCAUAUUCCAUUGCUUCCCAACCACAGACCCGU